AUAGCGCAGUUUGAGCUGCAGCAAUAAAGCUAUACUGCACAUCUACCUGACAGAAAGAGAGAGAGAGCAAAAGAAAGAGAGCGCAAGGGAGCGUGCGCUCCAAGUGCAGGUUUCUGGGUUGGCAUCAGAGCGCGCGAAUAGAACGUGGCACGCGGAAUAUUGGCCAAAAUUACCGCGAACUCAAACAUCAGGAGACACUCAGAGGGAAGCGAACGAGAACGGUCGACAACGCCUAUUUCUCUGAAACGUUCAAAUUAUCCAGGUAGGAGCAGCCAUGCCAUUUGGCUGUUUGACUCUGGGAGAGAAGAAGGACUACAACAGUCCUUCAGAGGUCACUGAUAAGUAUGACCUGGGACAGGUAGUGAAAUCGGAGGAGUUUUGUGAAAUCUUCAGGGCAAAGGACAAGAACACACUGAAAAUGUACACCUGUAAAAAGUUCCUGAAGAAAGAUGGAAGAAAAGUACGAAAAGCAGCCAAAAACGAGAUCCUCAUCUUGAAAAUGGUGAAGCAUCAUAACAUCCUCCAGCUGGUAGAUGUCUUUGAGACGAGAAAAGAGUACUUCCUCUUUCUGGAGCUGGCCACAGGAAGGGAGGUGUUCGACUGGAUCUUAGACCAGGGCUACUACUCAGAACGUGACACCAGCAAUGUGGUCCGGCAAGUGCUUGAGGCUGUGGCUUACCUGCACUCUCUUCACAUCGUUCACAGAAACCUAAAGCUGGAAAAUCUGGUCUACUACAAUCGUCUGAAGAACUCCAAAAUUGUAAUCAGUGAUUUUCACCUGGCCAAACUGGAAAAUGGUCUUAUCAAAGAGCCAUGUGGCACACCAGAGUACCUUGCUCCAGAGGUGGUCGGCAGACAGAGAUAUGGCAGACCGGUGGACUGCUGGGCCAUCGGGGUGAUCAUGUACAUCCUACUGUCAGGAAACCCACCUUUUUAUGACGAGACAGAAGAUGACGAUUAUGACAAUCAUGAUAAGAACCUGUUCCGGAAAAUUCUGUCUGGAGACUACGAGUUUGACUCACCCUAUUGGGAUGACAUCUCAGAUUCAGCAAAAAACCUAGUUGCAUGUUUAAUGGAGGUGGAUCAGGACCAAAGACUGACCGCACAGGAAGCCAUCAAUCAUGAGUGGAUAUCUGGAAAUGCAGCCUCAGACAAGAACAUCAAAGAUGGUGUUUGUGCUCAGAUUGAGAAAAACUUUGCUAAAGCUAAAUGGAAGAAAGCUGUUCGUGUGACCACCAUGAUGAAGAGACUCAGGGCUCCAGAUCAGAGUGACUCUGGAGCCUCUAGUCCAGCAAUGGGAGCCUCAGGAGGACCUGUUACCCCCAGCACCACCCCUGUUCCCCUGGCUGCCACACCAGUGCCUCCCAGCACCUCCCUGGAUCACCCUGAGGCCCAGACACAGGAGGCCUCGGCUCCAACACGGUGUAAUGGAGAGAUACUGACAUCCCAGCAGCGUAGUGGGGAGACUAGGGAGGAAUAGAGUGACUGCUUACAUUCGGGCAAAUAGAGCAGCACCUACACACUACAUAUAAAUUCAUAUUGAAAUCUAAUGGUGCAGCAAAGUUCAAUUGUGCUUAAAAGCUUGAUCACCAUUUUACAUUUACAUUUGUGCAAAAUUCUGUAACCUAAGAAGACUUUAAAAUGUAAAUCCCAGUCCCAUAGUAGUUUUAUCUGUAUUUUCUUAAAUAGCUUUAUCAAAGAAAUAUUAUUUUUUACUUCUGGAGUAAUACUCCGUGAUUUAAUUUCCAUGGUUAAUUCAAACCAGUUUAAAAAAUCCUCAUCAAACCUUUGCUACCAUCUUUUUAAGGGUAUUAUACAAAAUAAGAUCCAGUACCCGGAUGAAGCUUAUUUAUUUAGUUCUUAGAUUUACUUUGAAACAUUUCAUUAAAAGUUUAUGUUGUUCAAAUAUUUUCAGUUGUAUUUAUUACAUACCUAAAACUUGAAAGUUUUUUUUCCACAUUGCAAAGAGCAAAGGAACAUUAAAAAAAAAUAAAAAAUACAGCCUCAAAAAAUCUUAAAGCCAUUAAAUAAGAGAAUUAACAAACACAAACAAACAAAAUCACAAUUAACACAGCAGAAUAUUAUAUGUCUGCAUCAAAAGAAUGGUUGGAUUUCAAUGUAGAAUUUCAUAUGAUCCAGAAGAGCCCAGCUGCUGAAUUAAAAUUCAUAGUAAUAUUUUGUGUCAUAAUAUUGGCUUACCAGCAACUAAAACUGCUGCUGUACUUCAUUGAUGUACAAGUCAUUAUGUUUUUGUCAAUACUAUCAUCAUAUCAAUAUAAUAUUACUCAGUGUUUUUGUACUGCUGAAUCAUGUUUCUUUUUCUUUUGCUGUACAAUCUUACAAGAAAUUAUGUAGCUCUUUUUAUUCAAUCUGCCCUUAUAUCCGUAUUCUAAAGAGCACUGCAUUUUAUAUAGAAUACAUCUGGUUUCAUUGAGUCUGAUACGUUGAGGCCUAAGGGUUUCCAAACGUUCUGUUAAUGUGCAGUACCAACAAAGCAAUAUGAAUAUUGCUGUAAUACUGUGAAACUGCUAUACAGGUGAUAAGACGUUCCUGCUAUAUUUCAUACAGGUAGCCAAGCAAUUUGCUCUCGAUGGUUGUUUGCGUACUCGAUCUUAUAGCUGUAUAUUAUGUUCAGUUAUUGUAUUCUGCCUAAAACCCAGACCUUAUUUUUACUGUCCAUGUGGAGAGAGAGGAAUCAAAAUGUCCUUGAACUGCAAAUCCUGCUGUAGCUCAUGUCCAUUAUGGCAUAGUUAUUUGUUGUUUAUUGUUUGUUUUAAUUGAUUGUCUUUGGCAUGGUCACAUGUUUAUUUUUAAGCAUUUGCUAAAUAUACUCCCCAUUGUAUAUAGCUUCACUGAGUUUUAUCUGGUAGUAUUAUCUCAGUAAUGUAAAAGGAACUAUACAGACAUACAUUUUGACCUCUGUGUGCAUUAGUUUGACCUCAACUGAAAACCAUAAUUUUCUCCUGUUUAUCCUAUGUUUUCCUCUUUAUGCACUGACGGCAGGCUCUGUAAACACUGAAAUAUAUUUUCUGAGAAAAGUUUUCAUAGAAGACAGAGCAGAAAAACAAGUGAUUAAAAUGAGUAGAGUAAAAUGUGUGAUUCAUCAUUUUCAUGUAUCAGCUCAGCCUAAUGUGUUUGUCACUGUUUGUGGCUUCUGUAUUUUGUUACUCAAUAUGCAGAAUAAAUG